GACAUUACGUCCCGAUUGAGCCCUCGAGGGACGCGCGGCUUAUUUUCCUGCGACCGACGCGCCGCAGCCGCCUCCAGGACGCCGGCGUGCCCUUCUUCCCCCGUGCCUUCUCCCCGGAGCUAAAAGUCUACAGAAAGAAGCUAGCUAUGAGGACUCCUGGUCAUGCUAAGAAGGUGAAAAAUGUGACGAAUGAUGUAAUUGAUGGCAAGCGGGGCAUGAUCUACAUUCCAGACCAGAAGAUUUCAAAAUUGACCUUAACAAAAGACAUAAAGGGUCUGAAGCGAGAGCGCCAUGAAGCCAAGAAGAAAAAGGGGCAUCAGAAGAAGCAAAAGCUGAGGAAGAAGAAGAAGCUUGCUUCCAAGAGUGCAAAAUGAAGGCGAGUGAAAGCGACGACCCAAGUGACAUGCACCAGCUGAACCAAAUGUCUCCUUGGCGUGUUAAUAUCAUAGAAUUUAAGCUUGGUUCUGGCUACCUUGAAGUUACUGCUGGGUUUUAACACCUUAAUCAUCCCAGAAAUCUUGGGAGUAGUUUCUGCCAAAUGCAAGGUCUUGUGUAUGGGUUUGGUAGUUUUGUAGCCAAAAAAUUCUUUUAUGAGUAGAUUCUUAUCUGAAUAUAGCAACCACUGCCUAUCAAA